AUUGACACGAAACAUAACCGUUCACCUCCCGUCUCCUGUUUAUCAUUCGAAUUUGUAGCUAAAAAAAUUGAUUUAACAAUAGGGAAAUCGGUAUAAAAUCUUGAAGUGGCUAGUUGAAGUGGGCGACGAUAUUGAAGUGAGGAUUUCGAUAAGUGUGUCUCUUUGGCCCUCUAGUGUAGCGCAAACAAGAGUAUUGUCUGUCAAAAGGAUUUAGAAUAGCUCGCCAGUCCGCCUAGUUUCCAUGACAUUAAUGUGCCACUAUAAAUCGCUACGACCUUCUCAAGGUUCUUACUACAUAUAAUAACUGUCAAUAAUAUGGGCUUGUACUUUAGAAGGAUCAAAAAGGGACGAAAAGCGUUUCUCUUAAUAGUGUUUCUAAUGAAUGUUUAUUUUGUCCAUCGUGUGUUAAUUGGACCUGGGACAACAACAAGUACGCGUUCUAAAGAACCGAAGUUGGAGCACAAUAACAGAAUACACUUACCGUCCGGAAAGAAGUUAUUUGUAUACCUUGUACAGACUGAAAAAUGUUUACCGGGGUAUAUUACAUUACCGGAGGUUCUUGGAAAUGCCUCGUCUUGUCGAUGUGACGUGAUCGCUUUGAGUUUCAAGGAGAUCUGUGAAGUUGGCCCCCCAUCCCACAUGGAGUACACAUUCGCGCCAAACACUAGCUGGGCGAGCGGUCGAAAUAACCUGUACAAAAGAGUUAAAGCAAGAAGCGCUUAUCUAUACUACAUCUUUCUCGACGAUGACAUACGUAUGGCUUACAACAAAAGAGCAACUGAAGACAUGAAAAAAAUCACCGAGAUACGCUCAUUUGAGCAUUUCUUACUUAAUGUCGAGCCUGCUGUAGGGUUUGUGAACUAUCGUGUCUACAACCAGGCAAGAUGGCAGGAAUACGUGCUAAAGCACUGUCGUAGAAAACCACGACCUUCAUCUUAUUAUGCGAUGUUCCACUUCGAUCCCCUGUUAAACGCAUUCCACAAAGAUGCCAUUCACCACAUAUUGCCUUAUAACGAGUCCUAUGACGCGCAGUGCUGGUGGCACGCCCAAGGGCACAUUGAAAUAGCGCUAGAGAUCAAAUUUCGCGGUCAAGCUAUAAUGCUACCCUCAAUCACAGUGUUCAACCCUCGCCAUCGAGAUUACCCACAGAAUUGCGGCGAUUUUGAGGACGUCCUAAAAACCGCCGUCGUGAGAGAGAAAGCGUGCGCCCCUCACAUUUACCGGAACCGCACUUUAUUUGAGUAUAUUAUCCAUAACCCUGUUAGUUAUAGGGACAAUUUUGGUUUGACUUCGUGUCUACAAGUUUUACCCCAUCAGAAGAUAGAGCCCUACGUGCAUUUUGCGCGAUACUCUGGGGACAGAGAGUCGCUCCAGGAUGUGUUCUACAAGGAUGAGAUGAUGGAAGAAUUCCCCAGAAUCGCUAACAACAGAUCAGAACUACUCUCUUGAAUAUCUUUUCGUCUACCAUCAAAACAACGAGAACGCCCGGUAACAGACGGAAGUUGUCACCGUUUUACAAGAGCGUCGCUCGUGGAGGCGCGGGCUCCCCCGAGAUAGAUAGAGUUCUCACUCGUAUUGUUAUUUGGAGGUGCAAUAGUACAUGUUUGUAGUAAAACCAUCAUGGUUUA